UCUUUUUGUUUAGUUAUUAUGGAGGAGGAUUAAACAGAGAUGUAUCUUUUAACAUUGCUAGUUGGGGUGCUGACUGUAACUUGCUGCAGUGGUUUAUACCUGGAAGGGAGAUUAUUCACAAGAGAGGAUUGGUCUUUUCUUAGCAGGUUCUGCUUUCUAUCAGAUAUUGGGAGAAUGCAGUUUAAAUUUGUGUUUCCAUAUGCUGAUUGUUGCAACAACAUUCUUUUAUAUUUUGAUGAUGGAGUUCAAUGGCCAAAAGUUUAUAAAAAUUCUUCUAAAACCUGUCAUCAAAAGGAAGCUGUUUUGGAACCUGAAAAUAACCAGAUAAUUAACCUUACCACUCGUUAUACAUGGAGUGGAUGCGUGCUGCAUAACUCAAGUGGUGAAAACAGUGGUGUACUUGUAUGUGAAGGUGGCAGAAGCUUUAGAUCAAAACAUGAAAGAUGGUGGUACAUUGCAAUAAGCAACUGUAAAUCUGGUCAGUUGGGUAAAGGAAUUGAUCUAACAUAUCAAGUCAAACUAACAAAUGGACAUUCAUUUUGGACUGAACACUUUUCUGCUGAUGAAUUUGGAAUUUUAGAGACCAACCUAUUUUUCCUUAUUGUAUUUGCGUUGAUGCUGAUACUAUCAAUACAUGUUGCAGUGAGUUUACAAAAUCGACAGAUGCUCCAUACAACGUAUAAGAUGUUUAUGGUGUGCAUAGCGUUAGAAGUGUUUGGUCUCCUUAUGUUGUGUGUGGCAAUUGGAACUUAUGCUUCUGAUGGCAUUGGAAAUAAUGGACUUAAACUCAUAGGUGAAAUAUUGGGCACAUCUGCUGAACUAUUGUUUCUCUUAUUGCUUCUACUCCUCGGUAAAGGCUUUACUAUCACACGUGGCCACUUAUCCUAUGCAGGGACCAUUAAGAUGUCUGUAUUCAUCACUGUGUAUGCUGUUAUUGAUGUUAUUCUGUUUCUAUAUGAAUACAUACUAUUUGAUCCUGGUCUUGUACUUUAUGUUUAUGAAUCCCCUGCUGGAUAUGGUUUAAUUGGGUUGCGUCUUGCUGCUUGGGUGUGGUUCUCAUAUGGAAUUAUAUUCACACUAAAGCAUUAUCCUGAAAAAAAUAAGUUCUAUUACCCCCUGUAUGGAAUAUACACUAUAUGGUUUUACGCAAUUCCAAUAAUAGUGUUGGUUGCUACAUUUGCCAUCCCACGUUAUAUGAGAAGGAAAGUUGUGAAUGGAUUACAAAGAUGUAUCGACUUCCUUGCUUAUUCAGUCUUCCUGACACUGAUGCGUCCACAGGCAGCGAAUCGUAACUUUCCAUACCACGUACGAACGUCACAAAUUGGGACCGUAGUUUCAGUCACUGAUGGUAAAACUCAUGCAACGUCCAACUUUCCACACAACAUGUAUUCGGAGUCUGCAGGGAGCACCUCUGCGGCAGUUUUCGACAUUUUUACAGUUCACUCUGUAGUGCCUCGUGUGGCAGGAGGGAGAGAGAAUGUUGUUCGUAAUCAAACCACUCGUUUUCGGACAUCUUCUUCAACCGAAUCAGAAUCUGGUCCGCCACCUUAUAGAGCUCCAUCACCCCCACAUUCAAACGUAAAUACAGCCGGGGUAGACCACAUGUACGAACUACCUGCUCAUCUUACUGUAGAUGUACCGGACUGUUUUAAAGCAACCUCUCCCACAAAUAACUGACAUUUUUUCAUAAAUUUAGCUGAAAUCUAAAUCAAUCAUAUAGUUUGAAUCAUACUGUGCCAUUUCUGUAUAUUUUGCACCCUAAUGUUUAACUGCCACAUAUAGUUCCAUAUACUUGCAUUGUGUAAUACUCAUGUAAUACUGUGUAGAUUUAGCCUGAAUAAUUUACCUGAGACCUUGUUCGCAGUUGUGCCUCUUCCACCUUUUUAAAAGGCACCGAAUAAACAAGUCAAUCCCUUUUGCUUACACUAGUUUUUGGCAAAUAAAUCAACUUUUCCAUA